AUCUUAGCUCUGUUUCAACUGUGUUACCAUCUCGAUGGUUGCUACCCAGCUUUGUUUGUAUAGAAAUGCCACCAAGAGUAAAAGAAACGGCUCACCAGGGAAUCAAAAGGAAACGCCAAAAAGGCAUCCCAAUAAACCACCUGAUCUCGAAUGGCCAACACGAUUCUUUCGCGGUAGUCUGUCCAUUCAUAGUAUAAAAGAAUCAAAAGGAAACGCCAAAAAGGCAUCCCAAUAAACCACCUGAUCUCCAAUGGCCAACACGAUUCUUUCACACUAGAGUCCGCGAUAUAAGUCUCCAUUCAUGAUAUAAAACUCCAGUGCACAACCAUCGACAACCCAACAAGCGAACACACAAAACAUCUCCAUCUUCCUCUCCUCCCAAAACAAUAGCAGAAACCAUGCCCAACUCCUCAAACAUGCCCAUCCUCUUCUUCCUUCUACCCACUGCCACGCUCCUCUUUGUGGCCUAUGCCUUUCACAGGCGAAAGCCCAAGCAAACCAACCUCGUCCUCUACGUCCACGACUACUUCAGCGGCGACGACGCCUCCGCCGUCACGGUCGCAGGCAAACUCGGUGCAGCCUCCAACAUCCUGCAGUUCGGCACCGUUGCGGUGGUCGACGAUGUGGUCACCGAGAGGCCUGAAGUGGACUCCAAGGUAAUAGGCCGAGCUCAGGGCUUGUAUAUAAACUCGGCUUUGGAUGGGAUGGCAUUGUACAUGGUCUUCUCGGUGACGUUCACCGAGGGGCAGUUCAAGGGAAGCACGCUGGAGAUCCAAGGAGCCGAUCCGUUUAAGCUCAAGGAGCGCGAGUUUGGUGUUGUAUCUGGGACUGGGUUCUUUCGGUUUGCCAAGGGAUAUGGUAUCAUGGAGACGCAGCACUUGGACGUGGCUACCUUGAGAGCAAUAAUCAAACUCAACUUGACCAUCAGGCAUGAAUAGUGUUUCUGACGCUGUUUUAGUUUCUAUAUUAUAAUUCUCGAUAAUGCCAUGCCUCCGAUCCGAGUUAGUGAGCUCGCGUGUCAACCACCGUAUACUUGUUAAAAUUUAAAUUCUCACAAUUUCAACAAUAUUUACGAUAUUGCAUCAAUUUUAAUAAACUCUAAUCUACAAUAAUAUUUGUUAAAAUUUUCUAGUGGUUCUUCUAUCACGAAAUUCCGGAGCAAGCUAGUUUUUCGAAUCUGUAAUAUAUAUAACUUAUUAUAUAUAUAUAAUAAGUUAAACAACCCAAUAAGCAACAAACUCUUUAAUUAAAUAAAUCAAGUAUAUAAAUAAAUAAUUUUUUUACAGAAAGUAGGCAGAGAAAAUUCUAUCAGCUUCAAACUAAAUUCAGAUAUGCAGUAUAUUUUUACGAAUUAAAUUUUUCUUUAAAUUUUCUUUACGAAUUUCAUUUCUUUCAAUAUAUUCAAUUUAUUUUGUCAACAACUAGCUCCGGCCAUGGCCACGCCGACGGCUUCGGCUACAAGUGCAGUGAAGUGGUCGGAAGAGGUAGAAUAAAGCUGAUAAAUCCAAAACAAGAAAAAGCAGGGCACCUCUUUCUUAGGCAAAAAUCCGGCGGUCACCGGCUGGAAUUAAGGCUCUAAAAACUCUGAAGAAGGGAAGGAUCAACUAAGGGAUGCCGGGUUCUUACCUAGCUUCCAACGAUGUUUAGCCAUGGCCACGGUGCUGGUGGCAGCCGACGUUCGAGGAGGAGACCGAGAACUGGCGAAUCUCCAACUCAAAGCCUUGAUCUUCUAUGGAAGGUUGAGGAAAGCUUCAUCCCUCUAAUUAGAGCCGGAGGGAAGCACCUGAGUCCCUAUCGGCAUCGGACCACCGGAGAAAAUGUAAAGAAGAUUACUCCUGAUGGGAGUCCAGUUCCACCCCUUAGAAACUAACUGCAAGGAUACUAAGUGCAAAUAACGGAAUAUCCG